AUGUCACAGCAACCGCAACAAAACCAAUCGCAACAGCGCGAAGGAGACAGCCCCUCUCCUCUCCCCCCUGCUCCAAUCCAGUUAACGCCAGGACCACGCGCAUCCCGACUGCAAGACAUCUACAGCAAAGCCCUUCGCGCAACCCUAAAAGCAAACUCAUACGAAAAUUUCGCUUCCUGUUUUCCCACACCAGCCAGACAUGUCCCCGCCAGUUUGGAGUCUGUCCAUCGUCAGUUAAACGCAAAACUCGAGGAAGGCGCAACGGCCGAAUUCAACGAGAUCAUCAAAGAACGCGAGGUAAUCAAGGGAUUGAACGAGUUGGAUAGAUUGGUUGGAGAAGCGAGACGGAGGAAAAGUCAGGGGGAGAGUGAGAGUGACGUGCCUCCACAUAUGCUCGACGCCGACGGCUUGUACAGAGCCCAUUUGACGCCGUACUUGCAAGAAGCGCAGGUUGCGCUCAAUACAAAGAUCGAAACAGCUCAGUCACAGAAUGCGGCGCUUGCGGAAAAAGUACUGGCUCAAAGGAAAGAGAUUGAGUCGUUAUUAUCGGGUCUGGAAGCUGUGAUGGCUGAUCUGGAAGGGUCUGCAAAGACGUCGACUGAGUACAGCAAGACGCAUAAUCUACGACAGGAGAGUUUGCAGAUUGAUGAGGAGAUGAAGAUGCAAACUAACAGUUGA